UGCGUGCUGGUCGACGCAAGGACAAUGGAGUCGGCUGCACCGGUGUCAAGCCGUACAGUGAUUCUUCUCCCGCGUAUCUGGCCCAUUCGGAUCAAUGAGAGUUGCGAAACGGAUGACUCGAUGCACAUCAGUGUUAUAUCACCGCCAUGCGAUCAUCUCUGCGCUGUUUUCUGAUGACCAGUUGCCGCAUUCAUGUGUCAAUAGAGAAGUUCCUGCUGUAAAGACUCACUGCUGCGUCUCGUGGGUUCCCCUUAAACAACAAGAAUUUCUUUUUAUGAGUUGCUAAUACAAUGUCUGAAGUCAGUAUUGGACUGAAAAAGAAAAAGUGUGAGAAUUGCACUAAGCAGUGCAACAAGAAGCAGAGUGAUGAAGGUAUAAACUUUCUGCAAGAGAAAGGUGUUGUCAGUGGAGAGGUGAGAGAGACUAGCUCAGUUCAGCAGGUGUUGCUGAGCGCAUGUCUGUCCUGUGAAGGCUGCGUAUCGGAGGACGAAGGCCAGAAAAUCUCUCAACAAAAUCUGGAUGAAAUUAACCAUGUGCUUGCACUUAAUAAGAAAUGUGACACUUCAAAGCACAAAGUUCUGGUGGUGUCCGUGUGUCCCCAGUCGCUGCCCUUUUUUGCAGUUAAAUUUCACCUGGAUGUUUCGGCGGCUGCACAGAAACUCUGUGGCUUCCUAAAGAGUGUGGGGGUCCAUUAUGUCUUUGACACUACGGUAGCUGCUAGUUUUAGUAUUUUGGAAAGCCAGAGAGAAUUCGUUCAACGUUACCGCCGCAAACAUCAUGAUGCCAACGCCAUGCCAAUGUUCACUUCCUCAUGUCCUGGAUGGAUCCGCUAUGCAGAGCGUGUUCUUGGCAGCUUGGUCAAGCCACACAUCUGCACAGCCAGGUCACCUCAACCGAUCAUGGGCUCCUUGGUCAAAGACUUUUUUGCAAGACAACAGAAGCUGUCCCCUGAUCAGGUUUUCCAUGUGGUGGUGGCUCCCUGCUUUGAUAAGAAGCUGGAAGCUGUGAGAGAGGAAUUCUACAACAGCAUUCUAGAGACCAGAGAUGUCGACUGUGUGCUUACAUCAGGAGAGAUUCUCCACUUGAUGGAACAAAGCAAAGUUACUGCAGAGGAAGUGGACUCUGCUCCUUUGGAUCAUGUAUUUGGUGAGAGCAGUGACCCAGGCAUGAUCAGGCAUGAAGGUCGUGGAUCUGAAGGUUUCCUGGAACACAUUUUCAAACAUGCUGCCAAAGAGCUCUUUGGCCUAGACGUCCAAGAGAUUGUGUACAAGACACUCAGGAAUAGAGACUUCCAGGAGGUGGCGCUAGAGCGUGAUGGAGAGACCCUCCUUCAGUUUGCAGCAGUCUAUGGCUUCCGGAACAUUCAGACUCUAGUUCACAGAAUGAGGAAAGGCAAAGUUCCCUACCAGCUAGUGGAGGUGCUCUCCUGCCCUGGAGGCUGUUUAAGUGGGCGAGGACAAGCUGAGGGAGAGGGAGGCAGACCUGACCGCGCUCUUGUUCAGCAAAUGGAAGAGUCCUACAGCAGCUUGCCUGUCCGACUGCCUGAAUCCAACCCAGAGGUCCAGCGCCUCUACCAGGACUGGCUGGAUGGCCACGACUCCUCACAUGCUCAGCAAUGUCUCCACACUCAGUACAAGAACCACACACAGCCCCCCUCACACAUAUUGAGUCCUGCCAUUCAGUGGUGAUUGGAAGGGGCUAUUCUUUUAUUUCGCAUAUCUGGAGCCAAGUUUUGCAUUACAAGCAUCAAGACUGACCUUUAGCGAUGUGGCAUGUAUUUGAGGAUUUCUGGGGUCACGUGGACUGCAAUUUGUCUGCAGUAAAUGUUAAACGAAGGACCAAACCGGCUUUCUGUUUCUAUGCAGUGCUUCAGACUGCUUUACUAAUGAGAAGAUUUGCAUUUAUUAAAGGGAUAGUUUUUACAAAAAUUAAAAAUCUGUCAUUUACUCAACAUCAUGUUGUUCCAAACCUGUAUGAAUUUUUUGUCUUCUAAGUCACAAUUCAGUUCCAUUGUAUGGACAAAAAAUGAGCAGUGUCCUCAUUCUCCAAAAUUUCUCUUCUUGUGUUCCACGGAAGAAAGACAGUCAUGAAUUUGGAACAAGAUGAGGGUGAGUAAAUGAUGGCAGAAUUUUCAUGUUUGGGUGAAUUAUCCCUUUAACUAUUUGUCUCUCUUACAUUGCAGCUAAAUGGAUGUUUGGACAACCAAUCAUCAUAGAGGAAAAGUAUGAUUAAAAGGACUAUAGCAAUAACAUAGGUCUUUGUCUUUAUCCUGUUAAACAACUGAUUAUUAUUGCAAUUAAUCACUGGACCCUGUUCAUAUGUACUGAAGGAAUUAGCUCUGUGAAUUUUGUAUGAAUAUCAUAUCAUAAAUAUUCAGCUGCAAAACAACAUUAGAGGAAACUAAUACAUGGUGCUAAAUGGAUUAAAAGAAUCAAUUAAAGCUUCAUAAUUCUGAUUGCACUGAAAAUGCAUGAACUCAUUUUAACAGACUUGCAGUGAUUUUUUUAAUUUGGUUCAUAUUCAACAAGAAAUAAGCUUAAAUUAAUAACAACUCAAGUGCUUUCUGGUAUAUUAGUUUGUAGUUGUAUUAUAGUACCUGUCAAAUGUAACACAAAUAAAAGUAUUAGAAUUAUGCUAACCAAAACAUUUUAAACAUUGAAAUGCUCUUUUAUUUGAGAUUUUUCAAAGCAGCCACCCUUAACCUUUAUAACAGCUUUGCACACAUCUGGCAUUCUCUUAAGCAACUUCAUGAGGUGCUGCCACCUGGAAUGCCCUUUGAAGAAAUUCCCAUGUAUGCUGGGCACUUGUUGGCUGCUUGUGCAAAAAUUAAAAUGUUCUCUUCAUUUACUCAUCCUUAUGCCAUCCCAGAUGUAUAUGACUCUGCUGAACACAAAGAUUUUUAGAAAAAUAUCUCUGCUCCAUUCGAUGCAAGUGAAUGGUGACCAGAACUUUGAAGCUCCAAAAAGCACAUCAAGGCAGCAUAAAAGUAAUCUUUAAAUAGUCUAAAUAAUCUAAAAAGUAAAUUAAAGGUACAUGCAGAAUUUUAAGGCAAAUGCAGACGUCACAUUGAGACGCAGAAGACACGUUCAUUCAGACAUAAUAGGAAGAAAGCAAUGUGAAGGCACAUUCAGUUCAGUGUGUGUGCACGAGACGACACGUUCAUUCAGACGAGGGAGUGAAGGCACAUGCAGACUAGGGGUGGGAAUCACAAGGUAACUGGUGAUACAAUAUAUCGAUAUUUAGGUCACUAUACGAUAUUAUUGCGAUUCUUUAUUUUUGGUCUAUUGCAAUUCAAAACGAUGAUAUAUUGCGAUAUUUCACUCAAUGUUUCUCAUUCGUCUUCAUCGGACUUAAACUGUUUCCAAAUCACCAAAUGCAUUGUUAAAUUAAUAAAAAAGUGCCAGUUUAAAAAAAACAAGGCCAGUUUUUUUUCCAAAUAUCUAUGUACAAUGCAAAGCCAUAAGCAUAUAAGACCAUAAUGGCUCCCUAUUUUUGUGGUUAGGUAAAUGUAGCUAGUUUUUCUACUUUUUUUAUUUUUAUUUUUUUAAUGCAAUAGUAGCCUGAACACUUAAAACAUUAUUACAACAGUAAAAAAGUAUAAUUGAUUUCACCUAAAAGGUUAGCCUAUUUAAUAUGAUACUAACAUGAUAACUGCACAUUCUAAGGGACUGUUGUUGAAUUACUAGAUCAAUUUGGCAAAGAGAAAAAAAUUUCCCAUCACCCCAGUAUUAAUGUGGAAAAAUGUAAAUAAUAAUAUUGAUAUUUAGCGUGCAAAUAUUGAUACAAUAUCACAAAGAAAAAUAUCACGAUACUUUAACAUAUAGAUUUUUUCCCCCACCUCUAACACAGACGCCAUGUUUAGUGAAACUAGUCAUAUUUUUGAGCCCAAAGAGAUGCCGUAAUUAAGAGAGACCUUUUAUCAUGUGUGGAUUAGCUUCUGGAUAGGACAUGGUGUGACUGUGGUUGCCUUAAGCCUUUUCCAUCUCUCUGUUUGAUUUCAGAGUACUCUGGUUCAAAGCAUUAAGGCUGGGCAUAGAAAUGCAUUUAUUCUUCAAUUUCAAACUCUUCAAACAUGUUUUGUAAUUUCUGUAAUUUCUGUUCUCUGGCUUGUGUGCAGCUGUGUUGUAUUCUGUUGUUGCUAUUGCUGUGAUGGACUUUUUUUCGAUUAACAAAAGUUUUCGCUUGAACGUCCUAUCUCGUGAGCGGCGGCAGCACGGCUGCUUUCGUGCAGUCUCAUGAUAAACGCAUACAGGAGAGCAAAGGUCGCCAAGAUUUUCACAAAAUAAUAAAUUAUAUUUCAGUUUAUUUCUCACCACACCUUUUUGUUUGCCUUUAGAACAAGGCAUGAGUCACAUUGAAUAAUUUAUUAGACUUCUGAAUUAUACUUCUUGAAGCCUGAAGAGGUGGUCACCAUAAACUGCCAUUGUAUGACAUCAAGCAGAUCAUAUUUUCAAAAUUUCUCCCUUUGUGUACUGAAAAAGAAAAUAAUAUUGUUUUAAAACAAGUGGAGGGUUAGUAAAUAAUGAAUGCAUUUUCAUUUUUGGGUGAACUAUCCCUUUAAGCACUUUUUAAAAUAUAAAUUCUCCUCCCUGCCCAGUAGGUGGCGAUAUGCACAAAGAAUGCGAAUUGCCAAAAACUAAAGAAGAACGUGGAAGUGAAAGUGUACAUUAAUUUAUAUGAAAAAGGGACUUAAAUAUUGAUCUGUUUCUCACUCGCACCUUAUCAUAUCACUUCAGAAGAUAUAGAUUUAACCACUGGAGUUGGAUGGAAUACUUUUGUGCUUUUUUGAGCUUCAAAGUUCUGGCCGCAAUUCACUUGCAUUGAAUUGACCAGCAGCUGAGAUAUUUUUCUAAAAAACUUUGUUCAGCUGAAGAAUGAAAGCUAUACACAUCUGGGAUGGCAUGAGGGUGAAUGAUGAGAGAAUGUUCAUUUUUGGGUGAACUAUCCCUUUAACUUUCUGAACCAUUUAAAAACCCCACUGGUGCAGUUUUGCGAAGAGCCUCUAAAUGGCAGAACACAUCACUAAAUCAGUGGAAUCUUCAACCAAAGAAACAGGCAGAUGUGGUAUCAGUGACCUCAAUACACUUAAACGACUGCAUACUCCUAAAGUCAUAUCAUUGUUUCUGGUCACCAUGUGUUACCUUUGCUGUGGUGAACACUGUUUCAAAUGUUGGCUGUUCUGCAACAAGAUGAUUAGAGUCUGUCACAAUACAUUUGUGUUGUAAUGGCAUCAAACUUGCUACCGUAUGUGUUUUAGAAUCAGCCUACAGCCAAUAUGAAAGAAAUAAAAAGCUAUUU